AAAUACAAUUAGUACCGUAGUCCACAUGGCAGCGUGAGGCGACGGACUCUCCCACGCCGCUCGGGAAGAAGCACUACAUAUUCUAAGAUUAACCACAAGAUGGGGAUCUCGGUGAAAGAGCAAGAUUUGUUCCCAGUAAAGCCGGCCACUGGAAAAAGCAAAGGCAAGAAGAAAAAACUCAAGAACAGCAAAGGGAAAGUUGGCGUUGAGAAUUCGACAGAAGAACCGCAAAAUAUACCAGAUGUUCCUUCGGCGUCUGAGGUGCAGGUCAAUUCACCCGUCAAAGAAAAUGUAGGCAAGAAGAAAAAACUCAAGAGCGGCAAGAAGGAACUUGGUUCGGAGAAACCUAGUGAAGAACAUGAAAAGGUACCAGAUAAACAUGUACCUUUGGAACCUGAGGUAACUCCGUCUGUCAAGAAAACCAAAGGCAAGAAGAAAAAGCCCAAGAGUGGCAAGAAGGAUCCUGGUUCAGAGGAACCUAGUGAAGAACACCAGAAUGCACCUGAUGAACAGGUUCCUUUGGUUUCUGAGGUAACUCCAUCUGUCAAGAAAACCAAAGGCAAGAAGAAAAAGCCAAAGAGCGGGAAGAAGGAACUUAGCUCGGAGAAACCUAGCGAAGAGAACGAAGCGGCACCAGAAGAACAGGUUCCUUUGGUGUCUGAGGUAAAACCAUCGGUGAAGAAAAGCAAAGGCAAGAAAAAAAAGCCCAAGGGUAGCAAGGAGGACCCUGGCUUGGAGAAACCUAGUGAAGAGCAACAAAAUGGAUUGGAUGAACAUGUUCCAGAGGAAUCUCAGGUAAAACCAUCUGUUAAGAAAAACAAAGGCAAGAAGAAAAAGCCCAAGAGUGGCAAAGAGGAACUUGUCUUGGAGAAAUCUAGUGAAGAAUGCGAAAAGGCACCAGACAAAGAGGUUCCUUCGGUGUCUGAGGUCAGCCCAUCCACUGAGAAGAGCGGAGGCAAGAAUGAAAAGCUCAUGAAUGGCAAGGCAAAACCCGGGUUGAAGAAACCUAAAAAAAAAUCCAAACCUAUGCCAGAGAACUUAAGCUAUGAUGAGAUAGAAGCAGGUGCAAAACUGCAAGCAACUGUAAAGUGCUGCAGAGACCGUGGGGUACUAGUGGCCCUCAGCAAGACGAUUUCUGGCCGCAUUGAUUACCUGAUGCUAGAUAAACAGCUAAAGAACCCAGAGAAGAAGUAUCGCCGUGGCUUAGUAUUGAACUGCAGAGUGUUGCAUGUGAUGCCAGAGAGGAAGAUUAUCAAGCUCACAAGUAAGAAGCAUUUGGUCAACUCACCAUUUCCGGUUAUCUCUGAAUAUGACCCCGAUCUGGUAGGCACUGUGUCAGAGGGGUACAUUGUGAAAAUCAUCUCAUCAGGACUGCUAGUGGCUAUGUAUAAUGAUGUGAAAGGUUUUGUACCCAAGAGCCUAGCCACACCAGAAAAGGAGACCAGUCUGGAUACAAUUUUCACCCUGGGUCAGGUUGUCAAGUUCUGUAUCAUGAAGGUGAACCCAGGGACAGAGAAGAUGACACUAACUCUAUUAAUCGAAAAGGACUUGGUGAAGGCUGAGGAAGAGAGUGCAGAUGAGGAAGAGGGAAGUAUAGGUGAAAAUGAAGGAACCAAAAUGGAAGCAGAAACCAUUGACAAAACAAAGAAGAUAGAGGAAACUGAGAAGCAAAAAGGAAAGAAACGUAAAAAGGAAGAGGAAUGUAACAUAGACACAGAGACCACAGAGAAGGAUGAGGGAACAGAAAAGAAGAAGAAGAAGAAAAAGAAAGGCAAGAUAGAGAUAGAGGAACCAGAUGUGAAUUCUGAGGAGAAGGAAGAGGGUGAGAAAGAUGGAACCAAGAAAGAAGCAAAGACCAAUGACACUGCAGAGAAAGUAGAGGAAACUGAUAAGAAAAAAGGUAAGAAACGAAAGAAAGCAGUGGAAUGUAGUAUAGACACAGAGACCACAGAGAAGGAAGAGGGAACAGAAAAGAAAAAGAAGAAGAAAGAUAAGAAAGAAAAGAAUGUGGAGGAUGAAGAAGUAAAAGAUGAUGCUGGACUGGCGAGCAAGAAGCCAUGCCUCUCUGUAGGGACUGGCUUUGUUUGGGAUGUCCCAGACUCUCUUGCCGACAAGGAGCAGUCCAGUGAGAGUGAAGAGGAAGAGGAGGAUGAAGCAAAAAAGAAGAAAACCAAGAAGAUGACGAAGGCCGAGCGUGAGGCCAUGGCCAAGCAGGAGGAACAGCGACUGCACGAGCUCGAACGUGCAAGGCUGGAUAAGGAUCGACUGCCUCAAACUGCCAUGGACUAUGAGGAGCUCUUGCAGACGAGUCCAAACUCCUCAGCAGUUUGGAUUCAAUUCAUUAGCUUCCAUCUGGAGAGCGCAGAGAUGGAGAAGGCGAAGGCAGUUGCUCGGCGCGCACUGCAGGUGAUCAACAUGCGUGAGGAGCAAGAGAGACUUAAUAUCUGGACAGUGAUUCUGAGACUUGAGGUGCUCUAUGGGACGGCAGAGACUGUUCAGGCGUCAUAUCGCGAGGCUUUGGCCACGAAUGACGAGCAGCAGGUGCACCUUGCCAUGGCUAUGGUCUAUGCUGAGAAUGAUAGAAUUAAGGAUGCCUCCAACAUCUACUACAUUAUGACCAAGAAGUUUGGCCAAGUGCUGGAUGUGUGGGUUAAAGCAGGGAUUUUCUUCUUUAGAAAUAAAAAGUUUGAUGAAGCCAGAAAGUAUAUGGAUAGAGCACUGAUCGCCUUGGACAAGAAGCAUCAUGUGGAGCUCAUCAACCGCUUUGGCCAGCUUGAAUUCAAGUUUGGAGAGGCAGAGAGGGGCAGGACCAUGUUCGAGAGUCUGCUCAGCAACUACCCCAAACGUAUCGACAUUUGGAGUGUCUAUGUGGAUCUGUUGACCAAGAAUGGAGACAUUGAAGGGGCAAGGACCGUCCUGGAGCGCAUGACAGGCCUGAAACUCAAGAUCCGCAAGAUGCGCGGGAUCUUCAAGAAGUUCCUGGAGUUCGAGAAGACUCACGGAACACCACAGAGGGUCCAGGCUGUGAAGAAGCAGGUGGAGGACUUUGUGGCUGCGGCAAUGAGCAAGGAGUAACAAAGGAAAUGAUAUAUAGAUUAAUUUGUGAUUUGUUAUCAUGAUAUUCUUUGUUAUCAUAAUCAUCGUCAUAUUGUCAUCAUCAUUAUCAUCAUCAUAUUUGCAUCAUCAUCAUCAUUAUUAUUAUCAUCAUCAUUACCAUUAUCAUUAACAUUGUUAUAACUAUCAUUAUAAAUAUGAAUGUAUUUGGGAUUGUUAGUGAUAUUAUUAUGAUUAUUAUUAUUACUAUUAUUUUUAUUAUUACUGUUAUUAUUAUUAUUAUUAUUAUUAUUAUUAUUAUUAUUAUUAUUAUUAUUAUUGACUAAUAAAAUGUAGAUGGCCCCACAAAUGUUUAAUUACCAAGGAGUCAAUUAUUAAUCUAGAUCACCUGGUUAACCAUUUCUUUGAAUUUUUUUUAUAUAUUUUUUUUAUCUUUUAUUGCCGUUAAUAUUAUUAAUAACAUUAUGAUAACCACGAUGUCAACAAGAAUAAUAACAUUGAUAUUAACAACAUUAGAAAGUAAAGUAAAGUAAAGUCAUUUUGUUUUUUUGUUUUUUUGUUUUUGUAAGUUUAGCUGAGGGCUCAUCGGCUGACUAAUUGACUCUUUGGUGGCACUUGUGGAGAUAUCUAUGUCUCAAAAGAAAACGACAGUAGACUUACAAGAGUAAAUCUAUGUGCAAUUUUGUAUUCUUAUUAUUUAUUAGAAUUUGUUUAUAUAUUUAUUUGCUUAUUGAUCAGUAUUUUGGGAUAAGAGGAAGGCAGUAGUACAAAGAAAUGUCUUUUAAGAUUGUAUGUACAGUAUUGCAGUUCUAUUGUAUAUAUUUAAACAUUUUUGUAAUUACAUGUAUAUUGUGUCCUAGUGAUAUGAAAUAAUUAAUUGUACUUUUUAUUUCAAAGUAGACAUUCAAAAUUUGAUAUUUAUUCAUUUAACAGUCUUUUUCAUUAUUUGUAACAUAUACAAAGUUGAAAUACAAAAUGAGUAUGUUCCUUUGAGUUACUUUCGUUAUUAUAGAAUCUCUGGCAUAAUGGAAUUUAAUCUAUGUUCUGUGGAAAAUACCAUUUAUCAUUAAUGUCUGUAUGUUUGAUGUAAUUUUGUGAAAAAGAAUGAGAAUAUAUAUUCCAUUUUACCUGUGGCGAUUUCCUACAA